AUGUUCACGACUGCCGCACAACUGUUGGAUUUGACAGAUAAAAAGCUUGUUCUGGUCCUUCGUGAUGGGAGAAAACUGAUUGGCGUGUUGCGAAGCUGGGAUCAAUUCGCGAACCUUGUUCUGCAGGAUACGAUUGAGCGAAUCUACGCUGGAAAGCUUUACGCCGAUGUCCCGCGCGGAAUCUUCCUCGUGCGCGGCGAGAAUGUCCUUCUGCUGGGCGAGGUGGACCUCGAUCGUGAGGACGACAUCCCUCUUUCUGUGACCAAGGCCCCAUUCGAGGAGGUCUUCGAAUUGAAGAAGAAGGAAGACAACAAGCGCAAGCUCGGAGAUAAGAAGCGAAACUCGGAGCUCCAGGCCCUUGGAUUUGAGCCAGAGCAUAGCGGUGAGAUUUUGUUUUAA